GAAAUUGCCCAGCCAGGCGAAGCCACAACUAGCCAGCUAGCUAGCAGCGAUGUACUGAUCGUUAUUCUUCUAGCUAGCUGGUGGUGAUCAUCAGUCAUUUUAAUGAACAAAUUGAACACAUUGUAAAUAUACAGACGUUGAUCUGUUGGUCUCUGUGCGCAAGAGGGGUACCAGCGAGAUGGAUCAGUGACUAAGUGAUUUUAUUCGGAAGACUAGGUGGAGGAUCCGAGGUCCGAAGGUUGACUGGUGUGUUGUGGGUUGAGCUGGUUCCGCUGUAGGGGAAGUGAAAGAUGUGCCAUGGAAUGUUAGAGGCAGCGAUAAAGGCCUUGGGGCCCCACAAUUCAGCUAACAGACGGCACUUAUCUCUACUGCUUAUCCUGACGGUGGUCUCCACCGGACACGGGUCAGGAUGUGUUUGUCCGUACAUGGUCCAGAACAGCUGGGUCAACCUGACGGAGACCAACCGAGGCACCAUCCCUGUGGGCACCGUGCUGCAGUACAGCUGUGACCCAGGCUACCUGGCCGACGGGCCCUCCACCAUCACCUGCUCCCCGCUGGGCCUGUGGUCUGCAGACGCCCCCCGCUGCAUCCGCAGUGAUGUGUGUCUUCCUCCUCUGGAACCAGAGAACGGGGGCUACUCCUGCCACCCAGCCCCCUGCCGCCGCCUGACCCAGGGCACUGUCAUCGAGUACUUCUGUGACGAGGGCUUCAUCCUGAAGGGGGACUACAAGUACCUGACCUGCCAAGACGCUCAGUGGGACCUGCCCAUGCAGAUCAGCUGUGUCAGCCAAGGAUGUGUGAGGCCCUUCCUGAUUCAGCACGGCUCCGUCCACCUGGCAGAGCCGGCCAGAGGCACCAUCCCUGUGGGCACCGUGCUGCAGUACAGCUGUGACCCAGGCUACCUGGCCGACGGGCCCUCCACCAUCACCUGCUCCCCGCUGGGCCUGUGGUCUGCAGACGCCCCCCGCUGCAUCCGCAGUGAUGUGUGUCUUCCUCCUCUGGAACCAGAGAACGGGGGCUACUCCUGCCACCCAGCCCCCUGCCGCCGCCUGACCCAGGGCACUGUCAUCGAGUACUUCUGUGACGAGGGCUUCAUCCUGAAGGGGGACUACAAGUACCUGACCUGCCAAGAAGGGGGCUGGGACGGGCCCAUGCAGAUCAGCUGUCUCCUGGACCAGGAUCGUAACCCUGCGUUGCCAUUGGGGAUGCCCACCCUGUCCAUCGUGGCGUCCACAGCCAGCUCAGUCGCCCUCCUGCUGCUGCUGGUCGUCCUGUUCGUCCUGCUGCAGCCCAGACUCAAGUCCUUCCACCACAGCCGGCGUGAGCAUGGUGUGUCAGGCCAGCCGGUGUCCAUCAUGGUGGAGGGGGUGCAGGUGACCUUGCCCUCAUACGAGGAGGCUGUCUGUGGCGGAGGAGGAGGGGGAGAACCAGCGCCAACCUCAACAGGCCUCAUCUCUGAGGCCCGGGUCCAGAUCGUCCUCUUUGAGGGCCAGCCAGACACCAGGACCUCCGGGCCCCCCUGCUUCUCCCAGCACUCAGAGAUGGUGGUGGUCCAUCCUGUCCCCUCCUCCUCUCCGUCCCCCUCCUGCUGGGUGGAGCAAGCAGCCUCUCCCUCAUCCCCACCCCCACUCAGGAGGCUCUCCUCCGGCAGCGAGCAGCACAGCCUGCCCCUCCUGGACGCUGACAUGGACUUCUCAGACGAUAUGCCUUUGUUAAAAGAGGUCUGAGGCUACCUGCAGCCUCUCUGUGCCUCCCCCACUGCCCCGGAGACCCCAGAGCGCUGGCUGCUGCCCUGCGGUGUCCGGCCAGCCUCGGCCCAGCCCUCCACGAUGCAGCUGCUGCCAACACUGACUGCUCCUAGGCAGGGGUCCUGAGGGGAGCCUCAGCACAGGCAGGACUGACAGGACAGCAGCCAUGUGUACAUAUAUGCUUCAAACAUUUUCUAAGGACUCCUUACUAUGUACGUCUGAUGUCUGACACACCAGUUUGACCUGUUGGCUGUUGGCUUAGGUCCUAAAUGGUUGUAAUCCCGUCAAGAAAGAAGAAAAGAUGAGCAUUUCGACAGGUUUGCUGUUUAUCCGUUAUCAUGUUGUCCAUUCGUGUUCUGUGAUUCAUAAUGUAAACACGUUUUCAUCACUAAUCCACUCUCGGAUGGUCUUGUCACACAAGUCGGCAGCACGCCAUGUGACGCCUCACAUGAUGCACAAAGGCCACGCCCCCUCAGCCAGUCUCCUCCUCCUCCUUGUGAGAUGACGAUGCUAUCCUUCCACCGCUCUGCUUUUUGGGCUUUUCACAUUUCUGAACCCUUUAACCCUGCUUUGCACACGUUGGGCUGGAAUGCUAUAGGGUAUUAUUUCAUACGGUGAGGUCACGUGUUCCCCCUGUUUGUUCCCCCUGUUCACUCCGUGGUGUACUGUGUUCCUAGUCUCCUCACUGUGGCUGGAGGGUCCUCAUCCACGCCUCACACACCCACUCCCCCCCCCCCCCCCCCCCCCCCCCCCCCCCCCCCCUCCCCCAAGGCCUUAGAGAUCCACUUCUAUGCACAAGUACCGUUAAUAACAACAUUCAUUGAUUGAUUGGGUAAACAAUUUUCUUAAUUUUAAAUGAAUGUCAACUUUUGGCCUCCUCGGCUUAGUGAUGUAACAAUUUUGAGCUUUGUCAGACAAGCUGUGUGAACACCUGAAGAUAUUGUAGGAUUUAUUUAUUCGGGUUGUUGAAAUUCUGUUUUUAAGUAUAGAUAGGAAUACUAAAUUUGAGUAUUUAAUAUAUUCAUGUCCUGAAUGCUGUUGAUCAGCCGUUGUUUUUUUGAUGCUUCCAAAAGGUUUGGAAAAGGAUGUUGUUAGGCGGGUCAGUAAACAUUUGUAGACCUCAGCACGUAUGUCAUUUGAGACCGUAACAUUUAUUUGGUUAAUCGUACAAUAAAAAGCAGGUAAUUAUUGUA